UGCGAGAUCCUGAGUUGGCUCAACUCGAAGCAACCGAACUCGGUGCUUUACGUCUGCUUUGGAAGCGGCGCCUACUUCACCGACGAACAGCUGCUCGAAAUAGCAAGUGCGAUGGAAUCCUCCGGCCACAAGUUCAUCUGGGUGGUUCACAAUAAAGGCCGAACGGAGAACGAAACUGAGGAAGACAGGCAGAAAUGGAUGCCGAGAGAGUUCGAAGAAAGGAUGAGGCGGGAAGACAGGGAAAUGAUCAGACGUGGAUGGGCCCCACAAACACUGAUACUGGACCACGCCGCCAUCGGAGCGUUCAUGACGCACUGCGGGUGGAACUCGCUGAUGGAAGGGAUCUGUGCCGGAGUUCCGAUGAUUACGUGGCCGUUGCACAGCGAGCAGUUUUUCAACGAGAAGCUGAUAACGCAGGUGCAUGGGAUCGGGGUGGAGGUGGGAGCAGAUGAUUGGGUCCUAAAUAUAUACGUGGAGUAUGCCACCAAGAAUCUGGUAAAACGGGACCGCAUAGAGAGCGCUGUAAGGAAGUUAAUGGACGGUGGAGAUGAAGCGAUGGAUAUAAGGAGGCGCGUUGGAGAGCUCACAGAGAAGGCUAAGGCAGCAAUCGGAGAAGGUGGGUCCUCACAAAGGAAACUGACGGCUCUGAUUGAAGAUCUUCAAAAGCUGAAAUCUAUGAGAACAAAGGGUGGGAUCGAUGACACAAAAGAGGGAGAAUUUAGAAGAGAGAAGUAG